GGGAUGAAGGUAGCUUCAGUGGGGUGAACAUGUAUGCUUUUGUAUGCCCAUAGUUUGGUAAAUAGUUCUUUCAAUUAAAGGGGGACUUUGAAGAUUUUCACCAGUACUUGAUCAUCUGAGUUAAAUCUAUGUUAUAAAAAAGUUCAACUGUAGUCAAGUUUUCUGUUGUAGAGAAAUAAAGUGAAUGUGAUGAGUCUGCACAGGCGCUGUAAUACGUUUUAACAUUGUUUAAUAACAAAACACAAAGCUGCUCUACACUCUGUGGAAGAGGCAUUUUACUCAGGAUUUGCUGAUCCACUUGUUUAGACUUUUAUUACUGGUGUGGAGUAUGUGGAUGUAGAAAUUCAGAAGAGUGAGGCUGAAGCUGUCACUUGUUGCAUAUGGUGCAUCAUGGCACACGUUACACUGCCACAGGGAACCGAGUUUUCACCUCCAGCUCCAACCCCCUGGAGCAUAUAGGAGAUAUGUUCCUUUUUAUUCCUUUUUUCUUUUAUUUACAUAAAAUUUCGUCAUUUUGCGUGAUAUUCCGCAUUUAUAUUGAAUUCCGUUUUUAAUGUCCAAUUCCGUGAUUCCUUCCGAUUUUAUAGGGCCCUACAUUAAAAUGUGUGGAUGUUUCAUCCUGAACAAAAUUCUAACUAAAGGGCAUAUUAGUACAGAGACUUGAGACUAUAACAAAAUAGCUGCCAAAAUUCACACUGGAUUGGAGUGUUAACUGAAACUUAGCUCUCUGAUGACCUGUGUCAGAUAAAUGAAACCCUGAAUGACAGUCAAACAGUUUGUUGUGUUUUCGUCUCAUUAGAUUGAUCUGAAUUUGUUUGUUUGUUUAAAGUAGCUCAUUAUGUCUGUGCUUCAUCACCAUCCUGUGGUGAACUGGAAUUUUGCUCUUCUUUGCUGCUCUGAAACAGUAGUUGUGUCUGGCAGACGGUGUUCAUUGUAGUUUUAAAAGUGACUGUUUAACAGAGAAAGUGGCUGGUUUACAAAGACAGUUUUUUGUGUGUUUUUUGGCCUAUUUUACCUGUUGUAAUAUUUUCUAGAGUACUCUUAAGUGGCAGAUCUCAUGUAGAAGGCUGUAUCCGGGAGCCUUUCUGAUAUCAGAACAACUCUGAUCCAAAUGUUGUUUGUGUUUAACUCCCUUUUGGGACCAAGAAACUACAACAUUUAGUGUUAAAAAGGUGCAAACGUGUAACAUUUUCCAUCAUAAAAACCAAAGUGUAACAGGAGAGGAAAUUCUGCUUUAUAGAGUCUUUGUAGGUUUUGUGUUUUUUUUUUUUUAGGCCACCUACCUGCACUGACAGUAAAGUUCGAAGAAUGCAGAUGCAGUUUGAUUCUACAACUUCCAAGUGCCUUUCAAACUGUGGCAGAGUAAUAAAUCAUCAGCCUUUGUGGGUGUACAUGUGGCCUGUCUGCUGCUGCUGCUGCUGCUGCUGCUGCUGCUGUUACAGGGAAAGUUUUCGGUCAGGUCUAGACUGGCUCUGUAAUACAGUACAUACCAGCAGAUCAGCUGUGAGCAGAUCCUGGGUUCAUUUAUAGCCGUGGCCUUGUGUCCCUGCAUGUCUGCCUGGCAACUCCUCGCUCUGCUGCUCCAACUCCUCCAGCUCACCCACCUCUCAGACACUUUGGCCCCGUUACACUCUCAUGUCUAAUUACUAGAUACGCAGCAGUCUGGGGAAUUUAAAUGUAGGACAUUCUUUAUGUAGCUGAAAAGGUGGGUGGGAGUUUCCUCCACCUCUAACCGUUUGUCUUCUCUUCUCUGCAGCUCCCCGGGGCUCCUAUUAAUGAAGAAAGUGGGCAACAUGUGGAGCAACCUGAAGAGCAAAUGUCAGACUCUGUUUCACACCAGCAACUCAGGACCCGGCGAGAGCAAGGCGGAUGCCGAUGCCGUCCACUGCGUGCUCGAUCUUGGCCAAGGCGGCUCGGAUGAGGCUCAGGCACCAGAGGUCCCCAGCCCGUCCCGUAGCCUCCUGCCAGUUCCUAUGGUAACAGCAGGACGCCGCCAUCACAACUGUGUGUCGGACAUCCCUCAGAUAGUCGAGAUCACUAUCGACAAGGACACUGAGGAUGUGCGGGGAGGAUCAGGGGGCGUUCCUCUCGCUCGCAGGGACUCUUAUUCCCGUCAUGCUCCAUGGGGGGGGAAGAAAAAACAUUCAUGUUCCACAAAGACCCAGAGUUCGCUGGAGGCGGACAGGCGGUCAGGACGUUUACGGGGUAGCGGGAAUCGCAGGGACCGGCGUUAUGGGGUAGGCUCAAUUCAGGAAAUGAGUGACUCUGUUUCUGGCGGGCGCAGUCUAAACGCCCGCUCUCUGCGCCAGCGGCUGAGUGAAACAGUCGGGCUAUGCCUACCUCUGCCCCCUCGCAGACGCUCCCGCUCGGCCAAGAACCCCGUCACUUCCAAACGUAAGAUCCACCUCACAGAGCUGAUGUUGGAGACCUGCCCCUUCCCACCGGGGUCAGACCUUGCACACAAGUGGCACCUGAUCAAGCAGCACACGGCGCCGGUCAGCCCGCAUUCCUCCACCGCCCUGCUCGAUGCCUUUGACCCCGCCCACCCAUCGCCCGAGGACGAAGAGGAGCGUCUGCGGGAGCGCCGCAGACUCAGCAUCGAGGAAGGUGUGGACCCCCCACCCAACGCACAGAUCCACACCCUGGAGGCCUCAGUGCCGGGCUCCUCUCUUUACAAACUGGGACCAAAGAUGGCUCCUGGCAUAGGGGAGGCCUCCGGGGAGGUCCGGGCCUCAGGGUCUGCCAGCUCUACAGGUGCUGGAUCAUCAGGGGCUUGUGGGUCCGUGUUGGGGGCCGCAGCGUCGUCCCAGGACUGUGACUCUGAGGAGGACUCGACCACCCUCUGUCUGCAGUCCAGGAGGCCCAAACAGAGGCACGCCUCAGGGGACGGACAUCUGAGCCGACAGCAGCCUGGACCCUGGAAGGUCCACACCCAGAUAGACUAUAUCCACUGCCUGGUGCCAGACUUGUGGCAGAUCACAGCGCUGCCCUGCUACUGGGGAGUGAUGGACCGCUAUGAGGCCGAGGCGCUGCUGGACGGACGGCCAGAGGGCACCUUUCUGCUGCGCGACUCGGCCCAGGAGGUCUACCUCUUCUCCGUUAGCUUCCGCCGUUACAACCGUUCGCUGCACGCCCGCAUCGAGCAGUGGAACCACAACUUCAGCUUCGACGCUCACGACCCGUGCGUUUUCCACUCUUCCACCGUCACAGGACUGCUGGAGCACUACAAAGACCCCAGCGCCUGCAUGUUUUUUGAACCGCUGCUCACAGCGCCACUCAAUCGGACUUUUCCUUUCGGCCUGCAGCACCUGGCUCGGGCUGCUAUCUGCCGCUGGACCACUUAUGACGGUAUAGGCUCUCUGCCUCUGCCCCCUGCUCUGCAGGACUUCCUCAAGGAGUAUCACUAUAAACAGAAAGUACGAGUCCGCUGGCUGGAGAGGGAACCGCCACUCAAGGUCAAAUAGGGUGGGCUUCUAGGUGCCUGCACACACGCUGCAGGAGGAUUACACAUCCUGAGGAGUUCCUCAUUAGAGCUGUAGAGACAUUACUCUCUGUCUGGUGGGGGAUGAGAUCUAAAUGUAACAAGCUAUACAAGAUUCAUUCUAAUCUUUGUUUUAGUUAUUACUUACAUCACAGAAAAUACAUAUGAUUAUAUUCAGUAUAACGCUGUCUGGCAAGCACAUGUUUUUGUGUUGAACAGGUUGUUUUGACAGGGAAGGGAGGCACAAAUAUCAGAGCUUUGUGUCUCGACUCUCCUUCUUUGUGCUAAGUGUCUGCCUGAUCCCACCACAUCAUCACCCGCCUGUACACCUGCCUGCAUGCCUCCCUCUUCAUCCCAAACUGCCAUUAAGGCCCACACGGCUAUUGUACAGUUCCCUCCGUGCUUUCCCCCCCCUUUUUUCUUUCCUCCUGAGUUUGUCGAAGCACCGAGCGGAGCACCUUCACAGGAGGUGCGCGUGGGUUGAGAGGGCAUCUGGAGGUGCCGUCGAUGUUAUUGCAGUCACAGCUUGUCCCAUGGAUAGAGCUGCACACUUUUGCCAUCUCUUUGCACACAUGCAGCUGAGACGACAGAUUCAGAGGGAUCAGGACAUCAGGGAAAUGAAGUGCUUUGUAAGGGCUAAUGAUUGGUCCUUGAACAUGAGUUCCUCUUUUUUGAGCAGUAAUGUGACAGGUGAUCGAUCAGUUUACCGUGUUUGAUUUAGAGGGCAAGCCAAACGUCAACUUUAUUUCCUACUGUGUGGUGUUAUCUCUAGACAGGGAGGGGAAGUGAGUGACACUCACAGGGACAUUUGAGCAGCCUGGUGCCUUUUUCUAAAACACAUCUCCCUUUAACCGGUAUCUGUAGACUCAUUUGAUACACAAAAGCUUGGACUGUAGGAACCCCAGCCACAAUUUAUUGAGUUGUCUGUUAAUAGUUGAGUCUAUUAAAUGUCCAAAAAAGCUGUGAAAAAUGCUCACCUCAAUGUCCAGCUAACAAUCCAAAACCAGAAGAUUCUCCAUUCAGCCUUAAGUGACACAGAAAAGUAGAAACGCCUCAUAGUAAAACACCACAAAAGGUGAGUGAUAGAUAAUUCUACCUGUAUAACAGCGAAAAUAAUCAACUAAUGAUCCAAAAAGUUCCAAUAGUUGUCUCUCAAAAACGUAUAUUUCAAAAGAUGCAGCUCUGGUUUGAUUUUUUUAACCGUUCUGAAGUCAUGAAACAUUUCUUUCUGCCUCUCAGUAUUUUCAUCUGCCUCCAAAUACUGAUUUGGAGGUCCGAGAUGUAACAUAUCAUAGAAAUUAACUUCUGACCUCCCCUGAUUUAACACUUGUUCUAAAUAAAAAUCACAUUUAUUCCUGGAAGAAAAAAACUCAUCAGCUAUGGCGAGAAAGGAACCUGACAUUUAGUUUGCCUGCAUUUCCAGGUAAAGGUGCUACUUUGAUUCCUUCAGUCUCAGUCAGGAAAUCCUAAUCCUGGUGCGGGACACUUGACAUCUGAAUUCUUAGAGCUCUGUGUGAACAAAGCCCUCACUGCCCAUUUCUAUAGUGGUAGUUAGAGCGUCAACUCAAGCUUACACUCACUUGAGUUAUGUAAUCUGACUGGUGUGUGUGUGUGUGCGUGCGUGUGUUAAUGUGCAGGGCUGCGAUAUGAAAGACCCCAAGUCUGCUCACUUUUUGUCAGUUGAAUCUAUACUCUUGUUUCAUUUGAGCAUCGCAGGCGAUCAACUUGACCAACUUAAUCCUGAACUGCUCACAAAGUUGGAGCCAGUUAAUCCCAAGAAGCGUUUACUUUCCAACAUAACAGUGAACACCAGAAGAAAACUUUGAACGGCCCUGGAUGAGGGGGGUUUUAUGCGUGAAAUGAGGGUCCCUCAGUGUUCUCCAGCAGGACUUUUGGGGCUUCUAGCUGAGGCAAUGCAUACUAAUAAAACAGCUCAAGUUUAACCUACAUCUAAUCCUGUUGAAUAAUACUCCUGAUUUAGAUAAUGGGACAUGAAAAGUAAAACUCAAACAUGCAUCUGACAAACAUCAAACUAACGUAAAUCCAAAAAAGAAAAGUAAAGAGAAAAAAAACGCUUUACUGGAGGAUAAAAAUCCAAGUAUGAUUCAACUGACAAAAUCUGCGCCCUGCACAGCCCAGCAGCUUAUCGAGAAACAGGAGAAAAUAAGCUAAACUUUGGUGCUUUUUCAAGAAAAACAUUCAUUCUGUUUCGGUGUGUAGUCUACAGCUGAAGCAGAAGGUGCUUAUAACCCCAUCAGUGAGACAAAUAGACUAUAAAGAGGAACCUCUUGGCUCAGUCACUGAUGGUACAAAUAAAAGUUUCUGUUCCUAAUGAAAUGUGCUGGUGCUAUGAUGGGUUAGUAACAUUUUCAGGUGUAUAUUAGAUCCACCUGUUGGCCGCAUUAUGGCCAGUGUGCUUCAUUAGAUUCAUGGUCAGUUUCUUCUCAGCCCUUGAGUACAACAUUUCAGAGUGAGGUCAAAAAUGCUGUUCCUGCUUUCCAGUUAAAACUUUCAGCAGACUUAAUGUAUGCAUGUAGAAUACACAUACAGAGUGGGCACUGUCAAAAAAAAAAGAAAAAAGGGACAGAUUUCAUAAAUGCUACAAACAGGCGUUUUUAUUUCUUUCAUUUGAAAAUAUCUCAUACUGAUUUCUGCGGAUGUUUACUUUGAAAAAAAAAAAACCUUUUUGCUACUUUUAAAUAGGUGCUUGUGAAUAAAUAUAACUAGCAGAGAAUAAUGGUGCCCUUCAACACUUGGAGAAAAUACUAAAUUGUUAAGUUUGCAGUCGAAAAAGUUGUAAAACUAAAAAUUAAGCUGAAACAGGAAGAAGAUUAUGAUCACAGCAGUUUCAUCUCAAAUUAGGUCCUCUCAGUUAGAAUGAAUCAUGGUCAUGAGUCUGAGCAGUAUAAAGCUCAAUAAAGCUUCAUGUUAAGGUCAGACUGCUCUUUUUGCUGACCCUGUUUGUCACAUGAAAGAUGAAACCAUGAAUGUUUUUAUUAGCUGGGUAGCGGAUGUUCAAAGCGGACUGGUGUGAGAACUAAAAGGUGCUCUAUCUCCAUCUCUGUCCCAAAGUGAUUGGGGAAUCAAACAUUUCUGGUGCUCAGAUGCCCAAAAGGUGACCUGUCACCUGCAUUUGCUCUCCAAAACCUUGAAGACAGCUGGUUUGUUUUAGCUUCUUGUUAGCGUUGUGUAAAGGAGAGGGAGUGUGAGACAGUCGGGGAAUAAAGUUGACGUUUGAUUUGCUUUUUUUGCACUUUUGUGUGUCAGGAUUUCAAUCAAACUAUACAUGUAUUUACACCAUCUGGCUCACUGUCACCUGUCUAUCAUGCUGCUGCCUAGCAACAGUAUACACCUGUAUUCAAUGCCCCACCCCUCUCACAGGCUCUCAUCACUGGGUAGUUUUACCCAUAAUUGCUUAUAUAUUUCCACUGCUGCCACAUCCCGAACACGAGGAGGUGAACUGAGGCCUGUCUGUCCAGAUCUAUUAGAGCGAUGUUAACACCCAGGAGGAGGAGGAGGAGGAGGAGCACUGAGAGCUUACUGUUACUGCAUUAACAGCACGCUCACAGAAAGGGGCGAGGGGUUUGUUGAAGUAAAAAGCACUUUAAUUGUGAACUUGUGUUCUAUGGUGCAGUGUGAGAGUAUCAGGGCAGUGAUUUCUGAUGUUACGGCUCCUUUUUUCA